GCCUUGACAAUUAUCGGUUAUGGUUUUGGGUGUAAUGACCUUAGCUGAGAUCAAGCACUGAUCUAUCAGAAUAAAGACAAUUUUCCUUGUUGGCCCUACUCGUGUUUUUCCUUGUUUCAUUGGGUAAUAGCCUCAGCUGUGCUUCCUUGUAUAUUAGUCUAGGCAGAUAUAGCAUCAUUCACUUUAUAUACCAGCUCUAGCCAUGUCCAACCUUGCUUUCUAUAUAUACCAUCCCCCCAACCACACAUCAUUGUCUUCCUACACUGGGCAGUCAUGCACAGUUCUAAACUAUUUCUUUUUGCUUUACAGUGAUCGGCUUCAGGGUUUUUAGGCCUUUAAAAGCCUUGGCUACUCCCCUUGGACGUUGUAUUUCCUGUAAAGAGGUGAACUUGGAGCUUAUGCCCGAUGUGAACGUUGUGCUCCUGGAUGUCAAAGCCCAGGCCUUCAAACUGAAAGGGGGCAAUUUCAGAAGAAACUGUGUCGGUGACAAUCAAGCUGUCACACCAAGGCCGACUAAUAUGCAGAAUAUAACAGCCAUGGAGUGUGGUGAUUGUCGGAAAGAAACUAGCAAAUGUCACACUACACAUCGUACAACUGUGCUACACACCAAUCAUACCAGACUAGAACCUUCUUCUCCGCCCUCCCCAACUGAAUACAUCCUGACUGGCACAUCAGGCAUCUGUCUGAAAAUAAAAGCGAUCUUCAUGAUAAUGUUCAAUUUCCCCAAGGUUGUAAAUGUCAUAAUCCCUCCACCUCCAAUUACAAAGGCAAAUGGGAGUUGUGGUGCCAACCAUGCAAAGCUGACAUUGACUUUCCCAGAAGGACAUCUUAGCCUGAUAUUCGUAGAGAACAAGAAUAAAAGCUUUUUUUACCUGAGGGCCAUUAAGCUGUACAUACGGGAGAAAGGUGUGAUCUACUUAAGUGCUUAUAAGGCUGUUCAAGCCUUGAGAACCCACCAUGGGUAUUUUUUUAUCUGUAAAAAGGUGAACUUGAAGAUUAUUCCCGCUGUGAGAAUUGUGCUGAUGGAAGUCCAGGUUCAGGCCUUCGAUCUGGAAGGGGACAAUUUCGGAAGUGAAUACCUUGGAGACAAUCAUGCCGUGAUACCAAAACCGCCUACUAGGCAUAGUAAAACAACACUGAAGUGUAUCAGUUGUAUUAACAAAUUUACCAAAUGCUACACAGAAGCGAGUACCACCAGACCACACCCAAAUCAUACCACACAAGUGUUUCCGUCUCCCACAGACUACUUUGUGAUUUGUAGAUCUGCAGUUUGUCUAAGAAUAAAGGCGAUCUUCAUGAUAACGUUGAACACGUCCAACAUUGUAAAUGUCACCAUCCCGCCACCUCCAAUCACAGAGGCCUCUGGAAGUUGUGAUGCCAACAAGACAAAGCUGAUAUUGACCUUCCCAGAAGGACGUCUUAGCUUGAUAUUCAGAGAGAACAAGAAUGACAGUUCAUUUUACCUGGGGGCCAUUCAAAUUUACCAACGGGAAAAAGGUCGGAACUUCUUAACAGCUUAUAAGUCUUUAAAUGCCUUGGUUGCCCCACUUGGGAAUUCUUUUGCGGAUAAGGAGGUGAAUUUGGCGGUUUCUCCCAAUGUGAGCAUUGUGCUCAUGAAUGUCAAGGCCCAAGCCUUCAAACUGAAAAAUGGAGAAUUUGCAAGAGCUAUCCUGCUGGUCAAUGGUAGUCCUGCAACUGCUAUAGCAAUUGGUCUUCGAGCCUGA